GUGCAAGGCCGCAGUGGCCGCGUGACAAGCCUGCGCUACCAAUGCGCCCGCCGGCCAGGAGAACGGAGCUUGUGAUAGAUCCUUUCGUAACACCAAGUAUUGUACCAGGACCUGCGGCUCCGCCCCUGAGGCCGCCAUCUUCCUGACCACCCGAAAGACCGGACCUACUCUCCGGAGCAUGCUGGGAUCAGGGCGGGGCCCUGAGCGCCGCCAUGUUUUUGUACGGCAGUAUCGCAAAGCACGCCGGGACCGGUUGAGUUGAUUUUGAAGACGUGGAUGGCGGGAAUUCUCGCCCCUGGCCUGGGUGUUUUAGCUCACUUGGAAAGGCUAGAGACCCAAAUGAGCAAAUCCCGUAAACAGUCUGAAGAGCCACAGAGCGUGCAGGCCCAGGAGGGUGCUCUUGGAACCAAGAUUCAUAAACUGCGGCAUCUGCGAGAUGAGCUGAGGGCAGCAGUGCGGCACCGGCAAGCCAGCGUGAAAGCAUCUAUUGCCAACGUAGAACCCAACCUAGCAGUGGAGAUGAGUGAGCAAGAAGUGUUGGAAGAGAAACUGGAAAAUGUGAAAGCCGUUCUGCAGGCGUAUCGUUUUACAGGCCUCAGUAGUAAACUGACCAGCCGAGGAGUCUGUGUCUGCAUCAAUACUGCUUUUGAGGGGAACCUGCUGGAUUCCUAUUUUGUGGACCUUGUCAUACAGAAACCACUCCGGAUACAUCACCAUUCAGUCCCAGUCUUCAUUCCUCUAGAAGAGAUCGCUGCAAAAUACUUACAGACCAACAUCCAGCACUUCCUGUUCAGUCUCUGCGAGUACCUGAAUGCUUACUCUGGGAGGAAGUACCAGGCAGAUCGACUUCAGAGUGACUUUGCAGCCCUCCUGACUGGGCCCUUGCAGAGAAACCCACUGUGUAACUUGCUGUCAUUUACUUACAAACUGGAUCCAGGCGGUCAGUCCUUCCCGUUCUGUGCUAGAUUGCUGUAUAAGGACCUCACAGCAACUCUUCCCACCGACGUCACUGUGACAUAUCAAGGAGUGGACGCAUUAUCCACUUCAUGGGAGGAGCAGCGAGCAUCCCAUGAAACUCUGUUCUGUAUGAAGCCCCUGCAUCAAGUGUUCGCUUCAUUUGCAAGAAAAGGAGAAAAGUUGGAUAUGAGUCUGGUCUCCUAACAGACUGUUUUCACGGCACUGGGAAAACAUCAGAA